UGGAGGGGGCGCGUCACGACUGCGUGUUAUUGUGCUGCAGCUUCCGGCAACACAGCAGCAGCAGCAGCUGCCGCCACUGCUGCUGCUGCUGCGCCUCUUGCUGAUCGUCUCGGUGUUGUUCCGUGUGCUUCCUCGUGAUAAUAAUAAUAGUUCAUGUGAAUUCACAGCCGUAAUCGGCGUCGUAUUUCGUGGCAGCCCUUUGUUGCAAGUAAUCCACUGCUGGAUGAAGGCCUCCUACCCCAUUUGGCUGUGUCAUCAUCGUCGUCAUUGGUGGUGGUGCUGGUGGUGUGGGGUUGCUUGACCAUACUUCACCACGCUGGUUCGAUUGCAGCUUUGGUGAAUAUAUUACUUGCAGUUUCACCUUCCGCUGUAUACCGAGAGGUGGUGUCAAGGAGAUGCCGUUCCUGGGACAAGACUGGCGUGCUCCCGGUGACAGCUGGUUCAAAACCCGGGCUGGAUGGAAGCGAUAUAGCGAGCCCCAACUAAACGGCGGGAUCGGCAGCAUUGUCAUCUCGGAUCUCGGCGAAGACAACCGCUUGGAUUCUUUGCACGCGAGUGACGGCGUGGACAAGGAGAACGAGCGUCGCGACUGCAUCAACGCGGCCAAGAAGCGGCGGAAGGAGAACGCCAACAACAACGUCCGCACGCAAUACUUCCAUAAGGACAAGUGGAUUUAUGUUCACAAAGGGAGCACCAAGGAGCGCCACGGCUACUGCACGCUGGGGGAGGCGUUCAAUCGCCUGGACUUCUCUAGCGCCAUCCAGGACACCCGCAGGUUCCACUACGUCGUGCGGCUGCUGCAGUUGAUCGCGGACACGCAGCUGACGUCGCUGAGCGGGGUGGCUCAGACCAACUACUUCAGCAUCCUGGAAAGAGUUGUCUGCAAAGUGGUGGACGACCAGCACAGCGUGCGCCCGAUCCGUGAGCUGCUCUCCGGCCUGUGCUCGUCGGUGGCGCGCCUCGUGUGCGGCGUGGGCAAGUCACCCCUCGUGGGCAACGUGAACACCUGGACCCGCCGCCUCGACACCAUCCUGCUGUGGCAGCGGCUGCUGUGCGGCCUGCAGAUCAGCCGCAGAGGCGACGAGGGGCUGACGCUGAGCGACCUCCCGCCACACACGCAGCUCUCGAUCCUGCAGCGCCUGGACGACGGGCGAGACAUCGUGAGCCUGGGCCGCGUCACCGCCACGCUGCAUUCGCUGAGCGAGGACCGCACGCUCUGGCGCACGCUCUGCCGAUACCACUUCACCGACAAGCAGUUCUGUCGGCAUCUGGUGGUGCGCGAGGGCGGCUCGGCCGACUGGAAGGCGACUUACUUCACCCUGCAGAAGCUGUACCCGCGGCGGGAGCAGUACGCCGACAGCCUUCAGUUCUGCCGCCACUGCAGCAUUCUCUUCUGGAAGGACUAUCCCCUGGCUGUCGUGUGGGAGGACACCGGGCACCCGUGUUCUGCCAACGACCCCGAAACCUCCUUCAUCUCCGUGUCACCGCAGGACUUCAUGAAGCUCUUCCGAUACUAGCGAGCUGCAGGGCACUCCGCGCUACACACGCGCUUGGCCAACCAAGCACGAGUCGCCGCGCAGUCACAGACGCGCACGCCGACUCGAACUCGCACUUGUGCACGUACAGAGACAAAGACCCCCCCCCCACCACCCCUCCGCGCCACCCGUACAGCGUAGACUGUUGGGCCAAAUGCUGUGAGCGAGCACCUAUGAAGGGCACGUACCCACACCCGUGUGCAUGCACACUUUGGCGUGCAUGCGCAAAGACAAAAAUACCCCCAUACCGCCCUGACAGGACCAGUGCUGUUAGCGAGCGCCUAUGAAGGGCGACGCGGCGCACCAGGGGCUGGGUGGCCAGCACCAGGCCCAGCCGCCUUUGUCUCCCCAGUGGCGAUGUUUUCACACCGCAC